CGUGAUUCGAGACCGGGACCUUCACUCUCUCUCUGGGCGCGCGCGAGUAGGGGGGUUCGAUCCUUCGACGUGAACGGGCCAGAGAUCGCGGCGGAAGUAGUGCGCUAGCGUGGUGCAUUAUCGCGUGUACGUCCGUGUGUGCCAGGCCGGAUUACUCCGCGAUGUUCUAGGAGGACAGCAACGUCGUCGCGGUAUUCUGCUCGUCCGUCGGUGCCGGUAGUAUCCCGUUGGAGAAUAUGCGCGCGAUGAGCACCAACGCCUACGUAGUAGUGUUUCACGAGCGUCACGUAAAAUGGAAUUAAACAAUGUUGUUAAGACGUAAACAUGUUUUGGCUACACUGUGGACUCUUUGUUCUCGUGAUUGCCGUACCUGGAUUUAUUAACACCGCCGACAGCACGUCCAAGCGAGAAGCCGACUACACCUUAGAUGACUCCUUCUGGAACGAGGAGACUCCUGCUGGUGAGGUCGAACGACUACUGCGCGAGUAUCGACAAAACGAAGAGCUAGUAAAAAACAUCGGGGGCCAGUUCUAUCAGAUCAUCUUUCCGGUACAGUUACGGCAUCACGAGAAAAUGGGGAUAUCCACGAGAGACGUCGGCGUGUCGAAGGUAAUUACCGGGUGUUCAGAACGUGGAAAAAUAGUGGAUGAUAGCAGUUACAAUAGAGGAGAAAAUACAGGGAGACACUAUCAUCGGACGUCCCUCCUGAUCAAGGCCUUCAAUCACAGAUUUCGCCUAGACUUAGAAUUAAAUACGCAACUUUUAGCCCCGAAUCUUAAGCAAAAAGACUUUCUUGCCAGCGGCGCCGAACAAAGUUCUAAACAGGAGAUAGAGCAUUGCUACUAUCACGGCACCGUCAAGGAUUAUCCGGGGGCCAGCGCUGCUUUUCACACGUGUAACGGUGUCAGCGGUGUCAUUCAUUUAGGGAACGAGACGUUCGUCAUUCAUCCGUUCUACGGCGGCGAUCUGUCGAAACAUCCUCACAUUAUAUUUGAGGCUCGAACAAAGGCUAACAAAGGCUGCGCCAACACCGGGAAUCUUGAUCACGGCGAAAGGCGUCAAAAGAACCGCCGGCAGAAGCAUGUUCUGGGCCUAUCGGAGACCACCUCCGAUCGAUACAAGAGAGACGUCCGUGACACAACCAAAUACAUCGAAACUGCCAUCAUUAUCGAUAAGGCCAUGUUCGAGAGGAGGAACGGCAGCACCCGCGCUGAGGUUGUUCACGACGCCAUCCAAGUAGCCAAUAUCGCUGAUUUGUAUUUCCGUAUGUUGAACACCCGAGUCUCCGUCAUAUACAUCGAAACCUGGCAGGGCAGGAACCAGGCAGACAUCUUCAAAGAGGAUAUCGGGCGCGCUUUGACGAACUUAAACGCGUAUACGAUGCGAAGUAUGUUCCAUGUCACCCACGACACCAUCCAAUUGCUCACAGGCGAGACAUUCAAAGGCGGAGAGUCGGGGAUGGCGGUGCCGUCUACCGUCUGCAAGCAGAACGCCGUGGGGAUCAGCGUCGAUUUGGACCCGUACGAGCCCCAUCUACUUGCCGGUACCAUGGCCCAUAUGAUCGGCCACAAUAUCGGCAUGAGCCACGACGAUGGAAGAAGCGAGUGCGUGUGUCGUGACUGGCACGGAUGCAUCAUGGCCCAGUCGAUUGUCGGCCUGGACAACAUUCAGCCGUACAAGUUCUCUGAGUGCAGUAAAACGGACUACAUAGCGUCCCUACAGGCCUGGAGCGGCAUGUGUCUUCUCAAUAAGCCAAACGAGGUGGAGGUGAGACGGACCUGCGGCAACAAGAUACUGGACGACGGGGAACAAUGCGACUGCGGCUCCCACGAGGAGUGCUACGAGCUCGAUCCCUGCUGCGAUCCUAUCACCUGCAAACUCAAAUCCGAAGCGGAGUGCGCGACCGGGCCGUGUUGUAGCGAUUGCAAGCUGUUGAGCCGUGGAGUGACCUGCCGUGAAGCGACCAACGAGUGCGAUCUGCCGGAAGUCUGUACCGGCGAAUCUGGUCACUGCCCGGUGGACAUGUACAAGAAGAACGGGAACUCCUGCUCGAAGACCGAUGGUUACUGUUUCAACGGUGUUUGCUCCGCGCUGGAUCUACAAUGCGAUCAGAUAUGGGGAUUCGGCGCCAUGGGGGCGGAUGUGCACUGCUUCUAGCGGUUCAAUUCGAAGGGGACGUUCAGCGGGCACUGCGGCAUGGACGUCUCCGGUCACUACAUCAAAUGCGAGCCGGAAAACGUCCGUUGCGGAUCGCUGCAGUGUCAACAGGGUAGCAGGCAGCCGGAAAUCUCCGGCAUAGAUCAUCUGAGAAUCAUGAUAUCGACCCAGGGCAUGGAGUACGAGUGCAAGUCGACCAGCGGCAAAACGGACGGUUCAGAUACGCCUGGCAUGGGAUUGGUUCGCGAUGGAACAUCCUGCGGCGAUAAUCUGGUCUGCAUAAACCAGACUUGCACGAGUCUGUUCCCGCUCAUAGGCAAAGAGCAAUGUCCCAGCAAUCACAACAACAAUGAGUGCUCGAGCAACGGUGUGUGCACGAACACGAACAAGUGUUACUGCAAUCCUGGAUGGACCGGGCCAGACUGUUCGAUACAGUCGAUGGUCCCCACACACCCGGCGACAACCGCGAGAACCGGAACACCCGGUAAAAAUAUCUCAUAUCUUAAGCCGGAGAAGAUAGAGACCCCCUACGAGAACUACCACGGCUCUAACACUGUAUUUUUAGUUGUUAUGCUCAUGUCGGUGGUAGGGGGUGUUUUCGUAGUAUUUGCUCUGAUGGCUCUCUGCUACAGAAGGAAGAGCACCGUCCAGAAAUACGAGCAACCGUACGCGAAGAAGCCGCCUCAGAAGAACUACACAAGCGUCUCGAAGGACCAACAUCCGGAGCACGCGGUUCUGGACAACAUACACAGCAGAAUUCUCAACUUCAACUACGGCCGCAACGACACCCAGCGCGUGCUGUUUCAAGCCCCGAAUAACGUCGCCACCACAGACGGGCCAAGACUCAAGGAUCACAAGUCGCAGGUGAGAAGGCUCGAGGAGGAAGGCGGCGCGGGCGGUGAAGAGGCUGUCUCGUUCAUUGACAUGCCGCAAAACAAACUGAUGCCCGAGAAGAGUAUAUUAAAGAAACACCAUGUUUACGACAGCGGCACCGUCGUGAACGGGCGUUCCGUGGAGCACACGCUGGACCAUCUGAACGGCUACCACGAGAACAUCAUAGAGGCGUUACGGCAGGCGCAUACGUUACGCGAGCUGUCCAGCACACCGGGUGGCGUGGAUUAUCUGGUGAACGACGAGGCCUCGCCGAAAACGAUGACCGACUGCAGCUACCCGAACGCCUGCCACAAGGACAUGGACGGUCAGGACCACAGCGACAACCAGGGCGACGACGAGGAGGAGGAGAAGAGGACCGGCAACGUGUUACGGAUCCGUAAUCUCGAGGAUCUGAUAAAACAGUUGGAGCGUCACUCCGCCCGACAAAUGAGCCCGUGCGGCUCCGAGGAGAUACGGAUAUCGGAGAGCGAGGCGGACCGUCUCGCCUACCGUAAAGAUUCGUCCGUUUGUAGCGAGUCCUCGCAAGGAAGCAGAAGGUGUAGCCGCACCCGCGACGACGCCUACUGUCGAUGCCGUCAGCCAUCGUCUCUAAAUCCGUACGGCACCCAAGAGGACGUUAUCUAUGAAACUGCCGACCAUGACAGGGUGAACCGACCCGAUAGUGAAAGCUCAACAACAACUAGUCCGAUGGACUAGUGAGGACGGGGUCCAGCACCGGCCACCGCAGCAGCCGCCACCGCCGCCGCCACCACUGCCGCCACCAGCGAUGGCCG